AUGGUGUGGAGUUCAAACAGAGACCAGAUGGUGCAAGAAAAUGCAACCCUGACACUCACCUCCACGGGAGAACUCGUGUUAGAAGAUUCAGAUGGUAAUCUCGUCUGGUCUACAAAUACAUUUACCCAAGCUUUUCUAAGGAGGGUGACACACGAAUCUGGGAACCUGGUUCUCUAUAAGACGUCCGGUGGAAUCAUCUGGCAAUCUUUUGAUUAUCCAACUGAUACCAUUCUGCUAGGGCAGAAGUUAAAGAUAUCCCCAGGCACCUGCAGGUUUAGAGUUAUCUUAUGCCCAGCUCGACAACCAGUCCAUCCAUAUUUAUUCUCAAGGAGGACGAUCAAGGCCAAUAUAUUUAUCAGUACCCAAAAGCAGCCUUUACUUCAAAUAAGACUCAGAUGGACAUUUAAGAGUCUUCUCGGUCCUCCAAACAGCAGGAAGGACUUGCCCCGACUACUUGCCGUCCUUUAUGUAAUGAGUGGUCGAGGUUCGUGUCGAGAGAUGCAUGUAAAACACUUUGCCUCGAAGAUUGCUCGUGCAAAGCUUCUUUUUCAGUCUAAGGGAAAGCACAAUAAGUACUUAGUUGUCAUCAUUUGUGCUUCUGUGGGCGGAGCAAUAACUCUGUUAAUCUUAUUGUGGGCUUGGAUAAAUAAGUCUCAAAAUGGCAGACAGCAGAAAGAAAAGGAUGAAGAUGAAGAUGAGGAUGAUCACGGAAAUUGGCCAGCAGGCUUACCUCUGCGUUACACAUUCCAGGAAUUAAAGAAUGGUACUAAUUAUUUUAGUGUUAAGCUGGGAAGCAGAGGAUUCGGUUCAGUUUAUGAAGGUGUUUUGGCUGACGGCUCAAAGAUAGCAGUGAAGCGCCUGGAUGGAGCAGGACAAGGCUAA